GGGUCGAGUUUCCGGCCGGGUCGGUUGUGGAAGAACGUGUUGUGGGCCUAGUUCCCGAGACUCGGAAGAGGACGGGCGGGAGCGGUCAUGGCCGGGCAGCGCCUCCCGGUGCCCCGGCUCGAGGGUGUUUCGCAGGAGCACUUCCUGCAGCACCUCUACCCACAGAGAAAACCUGUAGUGUUGGAAGGAAUUGAUUUGGGGACAUGCACAAGCAAAUGGACGGUGGAUUACCUAAGUCAAAUUGGAGGGGAGAAAGAAGUGAAGAUUCAUGUUGCCGCAGUUGCCCAGAUGGACUUCAUUAGUAAGAACUUUGUAUAUAGAACUUUACCUUUUGACAAGUUGGUUCAGAGGGCAGCUGAAGAAAAGCAUAAAGAAUUCUUUAUUUCAGAGGAUGAAAAGUACUACUUACGGUCACUUGGGGAAGACCCUAGAAAGGAUGUUGCAGAUAUCAGAAAGCAGUUUCCUUUAUUGGAAGGAGAUAUUAAGUUUCCAAAAUUCUUCAAAGAGGAGCAGUUCUUUUCCAGUGUUUUUCGAAUUAGCUCACCGGGAUUACAACUUUGGACCCACUAUGAUGUAAUGGAUAAUUUCUUAAUACAAGUGACAGGAAAAAAGCGUGUUGUACUGUUCAGUCCUCGAGAUGCCCAGUAUUUAUAUUUAUCAGGUACUAAAUCAGAAGUACUGAAUAUAGAUGACCCAGACUUAGCUAAAUACCCACUGUUUUCCAAGGCUAGAAGGUAUGAAUGUUCCCUUCAUGCUGGAGAUGUAUUAUUCAUUCCUGCUUUAUGGUUCCAUAAUGUAAUUUCUGAAGAGUUUGGAGUGGGAGUGAAUGUCUUUUGGAAACACCUUCCAUCUGAAUGCUAUGAUAAAACAGAUACCUAUGGAAACAAAGAUCUCACAGCAGCAUCAAGAGCUGCACAAAUUUUGGACAGAGCCUUAAAAACACUGGCUGAAUUACCAGAGGAAUACAGGGACUUCUAUGCACGGCGAAUGGUCUUACACAUUCAAGACAAAGCCUAUAGCAAAAACUUUGAGUAAAUAAUGAAGUGAAUGCAAUGAAUAUAAACUUUUAAAUACAGUUCAGCUCAAAUAUUAGAAAAAUAUAACAAGAAAAAUUAGAUUUGUUGUUAAAAGAGUAAAGGUAAAUCAAUUUCAGAUUUGCAUAUUAAAUAAGUUCAAAGGAGUGUUUGUGUGGUUUUUAUACAGAUUGUUAUGGUUCACAGAUUGCUGUUCUGGGAUCCCUCUUGCUUUCAGAUUCAAAUAACUAAAAUUUUAACUUAAAAUGACAAAAUGUAUUAAUACAUUGGGCCUCGAUAUUUUUUGUUGUUGUUAAUCCUCACCUGAGGAAAUUUACCAUUGAUUUUUAGAGAAGGGAGGGGGAGAGACAGAUAAAAAAUACAAUUUGAGAGACACAUGGAUUGGUUGCUUCCUGCAUGCUCCCUGACCAGGGCCAGGGAUCCAGCCUGCAACCUAGGUACCCUAUUUUUCUGUCUAUAAGAUGCUAUUUUUUCUAAAAUCGUUAGACUGAAAAACUAGGGGCAUCUUAUACACGGAAGUCAGCUGAGGAAGGAGCCGCGCAGGUGCGUAGCUGCCCAUACCUUGUCAAACAGGCUUCCUCCAAUCACAAGCUUAUUGUUUAAGGUGACCAGACGUCCCACUUUUGGCGGGACAGUCCCGAUUUUUAACAAUUUGUCCCGCGUCCCACGGCGUUUUAAAAAAGUCCCGAUUUU